AGUGCCAGCUAGGCCUCCACGACUACGACUCCUCAGUGUCUGAUGGUGAAGCGAGAUGCCCGGAUUGAAAAUGAUUUCCCGAUCACUGCUGACGGUGCUGGCGGUGGCUGUGACUUCUACGGCAGUGGGACAGCAGCAUUAUCCCCUGCGACCCCUCCAGCACCCUAGGGAAGCAGAAUUUAUCCUGCCCGAUGAGACCCAGCAAGUAGCCGUGGUGGCGGCCCAAGACCUUCACGCCGCCGCUACAGGUUAUGACGGCUACGGAGGCUACGGAGGCGGUGGCGGUGGUAAGUCCUACGGCGGCCACAGCAAGUACCAGGACGGCUACCACGACAAGGGCGGAUACAAGGGUCACAAAGGCUACUACGGGGACAAAGGUUACAAGGGAAACCACUACGGCGACUCCGGCAAGGCGGGCUACAGUUCCUACCACGACCUUCACGGCAACAAGUACAAGGGGCACGACGACGGCUACAAGCACUAUGGAGACUCACACUACGGCCAGAAGGGGAAGAAGGGCCACCACUACGGCGACAAGGGAUACCACAAUAAGGGCCACAACGACAAGGGCUUCAAGAACGUAUACCACAAAGAGGAGUACCAGCACACCAAGAAGUUCUACGACGAUGGUGACAACAGCAAGUACUAUGACAGCUACGAUGAUUAUGACAGCUACCACAAAGGAAACCACGGCAAGGCCUACAAAGGAGGAGAGUACAAGGGCGGCAAGUACCACGACACCCACGGUAAGAAGGGCUACAACGACCAAUCCAAGUACCACGACAACACGUCCUCCCACAAGGGUCACUACGGUAACGACGGCUACUACGGGCAAAAGAGUGCCUACGGCGACCGGGGCGACCACAAAGGUUACUACGGAAACCAGAACCACAAGAGUUAUGGUGGCCAUAGUGGCGGUUAUGGAGGCCAUGGCGGCCAUGGCGGCCAUGGCGGCGGCUACCGUGGACAUGGCGGUCACGGUAGCGGAUAUGGUAGCCACGGGGUCUACGGGGAGGCUAUAGCAGUCAUGGUGGGCAUGGUGCCGGUCAUGGCGGUGGCUAUGACAAAGGAGGGUAUAGCAAUGGCUAUGACGGGCAUGGCGCUGGGCAUGGCGGCGGCUAUGGCAAGGGCAGAUAUUAGUGGUGUGCUAACACGGCCUGACUGAAUCACCAGGAGAGGCAUCCAAUCAACUGAAACUUAAUUUAUAAUAAAGAAUUUAUCAGCAAAA